AUGAAGAGGCCUCUGGGUCCAACCCCUUGGCUGAUUACUGGAAACUUGCUGCAACUUGGAGAAGAUCCUCAUAUAAUAUUAAUAAAAUCAAGAGAGAAAUAUGGAGAUAUGUUUCAAACAAACGUGGGAUCCAUGCCAGAGGUAGUUCUGCGUGGCUUUGACACAUUUAAGAAGGCUUUAGAAAUACAAGGAGAAAGCUCUAUUGGCAGAUCAGAGCUUUAUAGUUUUUCUUUGACUGAAAAUGAGGGAUGCAUGACUUUCAAUAAGAAAUAUAGAGAAGGAUGGAAUGUCCACAAGGAGAUUGCAAAAAAUGCCCUGAGAAAGCUGUCAUUGAAAGCAGACAAAAACCUCACAUGCUUUUGUCUGCUACAAGAACAGAUACACUUAGAAGUUUCAGAGGUUGUGAGAGCUUUUAGGGACCUCUCAGACACAGCGGGUAGCUUUGGUCGUGCUAGCUUCCUCACCAGAUGUUUAGCAAGUGUCAUCUGUAACCUGUGCUUUGGAAAAAGGUACAACCAAAAUGACAGGGAGUUCCUCACAGUUCUUCGUAACCAUAACAUCAUGCAGAUCUUCAGCUGUAGCAAUGCUGCAGACCUUUUCCCUGCUUUUCAUCAUCUUCCUGACAAUGAACUGAGAUGUUUCAUGAAUAAAAAUAUUCAGAAACACUAUAUCUCCUAUGAUCAGAACUGCAUUUGAGAUAUUACUGAUACUCUGACUGCACUAUGCCUAUUCAACCCUGGAAGAUUUGUCCAUGACAACUGUCCAAUAAACGAGUACUUAAUUGAAAAAUUAAUGAUCUUUGGACUUGGCAAAAGAAGAUGA